GGGCACUUCUCUUCGAGUCUGGGGUGUCCAAUCCUGGCUCCAUCUGCUGCCGGUUCCCGCCCGCCCUCAGACGCCCCGCACUGCCUCACCGUCCGCCGAGAUUUUCUCAUUGCACUGUGGUACAGUUUGGAAGCAGUCAGAAGCUGUUCUCUCACCUGAUCCUGAAUUUGAAGUUGGAAGACGAUCUUGUGCAGUGGCUAACUCUACACUUGAUGUACUGCUGGAGCUUGGGAUUACUGAAGCAAGUAUGUGCUCGUGGAGUGAGAAACUCAAUGCUGACCUUUCUGGGACCAUGGACGGUAGCACCAUGAAGAAAUACCGACGUGAGGCUUACCACCGAGUGUUUGUAAACCGCAGUUUGGCAAUGGAGAAGAUUAAAUGUUUUGGAUUUGACAUGGACUACACUCUAGCAGUGUACAAAUCUCCAGAAUAUGAGGCUUUGGGCUUCGAUUUGACUGUUGAGCGCUUGAUCUCCAUUGGGUAUCCUCAGGAACUAUGCAACUUUGUCUAUGAUCCUGUUUUCCCUACCAGAGGUCUGAUCUUUGACACAUUAUAUGGGAACUUGCUGAAGGUGGAUGCAUAUGGGAACAUCCUGGUCUGUGCCCACGGAUUCAACUUCAUGAGAGGCCCAGAUAUAAGGGAGCAAUAUCCAAACAAGUUUAUUCAGCGAGAUGAUACUGAACGCUUUUACAUCCUCAACACCCUCUUCAAUUUGCCAGAGACCUAUCUGUUUGCUUGUCUGGUUGAUUUUUUUACGAAUUGCCCCCGAUACACAAGCUGUGAAACAGGAUUUAAAGAUGGUGAUCUCUUCAUGUCCUACAAGAGUAUGUUCCAGGAUGUGCGAGAAGCUGUCGACUGGGUCCACUACAAGGGAUCUUUGAAAGAAAAGACUUUGGAAAACUUGGCAACCUAUGUUGUUAAAGAGCCUAAACUUGCACUGCUGCUGAGCCGAAUGAAUGAAGUUGGCAAAGUAUUUUUGGUCACAAACAGUGAUUACACUUACACCAAUAAAAUCAUGACGUACAUGUUUGACUUCGCACAUGGUCCUGAGCCUGGCACUGCUCACCGUCCAUGGCAGUCAUACUUCGACUUGGUUGUAGUGGAUGCUCGGAAACCACUGUUUUUUAGUGAGGGAACGGUUCUGCGGCAAGUGGACACGGCAACUGGUCACCUGAAGAUUGGGACACACACAGGACCCCUCCAGCAUGGGAUUGUGUACUCGGGUGGUUCCUCCGAUAUUAUGGGUGACCUGCUGGGGACGAAAGGCAAAGACAUUUUGUACAUCGGUGAUCACAUUUUUGGUGAUAUUUUGAAGUCGAAGAAGCGACAGGGCUGGAGAACAUUCCUGGUCAUCCCAGAACUCGCACAAGAGCUACAUGUCUGGACUGACAAAAGCACUUUGUUUGAAGAGUUGCAGAGUCUGGAUGUGUUUCUGGCUGAACUAUACAAGCAUCUAGACAGUAGCAGUAAUGAGAGGCCUGACAUCAGUGCCAUUCAGAGAAGGAUCAAGAAAGUGACUCAUGAUAUGGACAUGUGUUAUGGGAUGAUGGGGAGCCUUUUCCGUAGUGGCUCCCGUCAAACACUCUUUGCCAGUCAGGUGAUGCGUUAUGCCGAUCUGUAUGCAGCAUCCUUCAUCAAUCUUCUCUACUAUCCCUUUAGUUACCUCUUCCGUGCUGCCCAUGUCUUGAUGCCUCAUGAGUCAACAGUGGAGCACAGCCAUGUCGAUAUUCAUGAUGUUGAGUCUCCAAUGGCAACUCGCAACCGCUCAACGAGCUCCAUGGAUAUUAAAGAGACUGAGUACAAACGGCACCAUCUCACUCGAUCAAUUAGCGAAAUAAAACCACCCAACCUUUUCCCACAAACUCCACAAGAAAUUACACACUGCCAUGAUGAAGAUGAUGACGAAGAGGAGGAAGAGGAGGAAGAAGAAGAAUAAUAAACAAGUGAAUCUCUUUAAUCCUGCCCCAUCCCACAGAAGUGACACGGUUUUAAGUAUGUAAAAUUGAAGAUUAGUAACCUGAUCAGAAUGGAAAGAUGACUGUGAAAUGUUCAAUGGAUUCAAAGGGACAGGGUUUCCUUUCAAACCUGGAAAUUUGUCAGAAGCGCUAAAUAUUUCAGUUUUCCUUUAAGUAAUUUGACAAUGUGCAAAUGAAUUUUAAUUGCAAGUCAGAAGUUUGCAUUGAAUGCAGGUAAUGAUGGACUUUGAAGACUGAGUUAAAUAUUGUCACAUCUGUGACAAUUUCAUCGGAUGUUUCACUGAAGAUAAUAGUUGUUGGAAAGGGAAUUGUAAAAUUGAGCCUGGAGUUUCUCUGUCUUUGACUUAGAACAGCCUGAGAUUCUGACAACACCAGCAAAUUGUUUUAAGCUCCUCUUAAACUGAGCCUUUUUUGGAUCCGUCCUCUGGUUCUUAUAUGUUUUAUUCUUAUAUUUUUGCUGUAGUUCUGGGGGUUUGGCCUCACUAUGAAAUUUGAGUUUAUGAAUGAUUGAUUGGAAUAGGAUCAACUUUGAAAAGUGAAUGCAUAAUAUUAACCUUGGUACAGAGAAGUUGCAUGUUUCUGCAGCAGUUGGAGGUUUGAAAAAUGGGUCCUUGAAGCUGCUUCUGUUGGACAAUACUUGAACAUCUGGUAGAUCUUCAGUGCAAGACGACAAGAGUUGGGAAUCCCACAAAUAUUUUUAGGGUGGGUGAUAUGGUAUGUAGAAAGGAGUGUAUGUGGUAUCACUGCACAAAUUGCAGUUUAUAUUUUUCUAAUUGCCUUCCUUUCAGGGUCAGUGUUCCCACAGUGGCUUGGGGUUUGGAUCCAAAUUCAGUCAAGUGCAUAACUGACCAUUUUGGUUAAAGAUGAUGUGAGAAAUUUAAAAGUUUUAAAUGGGAUUAUGUAGAGGGAGUUUUGCUGUGCAUAAGCAUCUAACCUUUUGCUGUAUCUGCAAAUUACAUUACAUACAAUACUAAGUGUAGUUUAUUUAUGUAUCAAACAUUUAGGACAAGCAACCCCGUGAUUGGUAUCCCAGCUGCCAUCUUAACUGUUUAACCUUUUCACCACUGCACAGUGGCAGCAGUGUGUACCGCCCACAAGAUGCACAGGAGCAACUCACUCAGGCUGUUUCAAAGCCACACCCCUUUGCAACUAGAAGGAGAAAGGAGAGGAAACACACAGGACAAUAACCUGCAUAAUCUUCUCCAUGUGCAUGCCAUCCAUUUGGAAACUUGUGUUCAAUUUCUUUGUCAUUAUUGGGUCAAAAUCCUGUAAAUUUCUCUUUAACACCACUGUGGGAAUACUUUAACCAAGCCAACUGCAGUGAAUCUUGGUCACCACCACGUUCUUGAGGGCAAUAAAUACUGGCCUUGCUGGCAGCACCUAUAAUUUCUUUGAUACUCAAAAUAAAAAAUAAGCUGGUGUGAAAUAGUGAACUCUCUCCAUUUAUAUUGGCUGUAUUCAAAACACUGCCUUAUGUAUCUAUUGACCCAUUGGUCAAGGCCAUUGUUCUCAGUAAAAGCUUGUUGUGCAGGACCAGCUUUAAUGCAUGAUACCUUUCCAGAAAGUUGUUUUCUUUAGAUCAAGGUCAAUGGCUGUACCUUACAAGUUGUUGUGCAGUUCUGCAAGUAUGCAGCUUAGGAGGAAUGUUGGUUGGAGCCCAUUAAUAUUGUUGCCAUCCUUGCACCUUAUCAUUGUGAGAAUUUUUAAAUUAACCUCCAUCCCAAGUGCAGACAUGUGUUCAUGGACUCCGGUUUGGCUGAUGUCAAGGAUGUUGUAUGAACUAAAGCAGACCAAUUGUUUGAUUUUGCACUUUGGCAAGAGAAGUAAAUAGUCUGCAAUGUGUAGCCUGAAUUUCUGUUCCUUCAUUCAGAUUUUAGUGUUCCCAUUUCACUGCUUGAUUCUUUGCCCCACCCAUAUACAGUAUCACAUCCAGUUACGCAGACAGAACAGAAAUUGAGUUUUCCCCCAUUCAGACUGCUAGUUGCCCAGGAGCAAGUGUGUGUUUUUACAUUAGAAGCUGGCUGAACAGAUAAAAUUCGAGAAAUUGAAGUUACUAAAUGAUCAAGGAUUCUGAUGAGCAGCAGAAUUGUUUCCUGAGAUAUUUGAAAUUUCAAUUUUUUUUUUAAGAAACAAAUGUUAAUUGAACCCUAGAUAUUUUUCAAUGAAGGGUUCAGUCAACAUAAACCUUUUGAGGCUGUGGUUUAAAUCAUUAUUUCAGGACCCUCUGCUCAACUGCCGCCUUUGCUUAUCCUCUGAAACAACCACUUGGUAUGGUUUAAGUGUGAAUGGUGACAGCUCAAAUUAGCGUGAUUUAUUUUUUAUGCUUGAACAAAUAUAUUCAUAGCUGCCUCCAAAGUAUCAAACUUCAGUGGUUAGGGCUGUUUUCCUAAAGACCUUGAUUACUGAUGCUGUCUUAUUACUGAGUUUUAAUCUGAAUGUGGAUUGCUAAAUGUUGAGAUAAUUAUAUUGUCUUCUGCUUUCAUAUUUUUUAACUACCUACCUGAAUCAUGCUGUUGUUCUGCUGCCCUCUGCCUCAGUCCCAGCUUUCAGUUGUCCAUACAACAGUUAUUUAAUAAACUAACAGGAAUUGGUGGGUUUUUUAAACCCUUGCAAGCAAAUAGCAAUGGCAGAUUACCAAUAAUUGCACAAAAUAGAGCUUGAGUAUGUAUUUUAUAGGCAUAGUGCCAAUUCAUUGGUCCUGAAAGCUUAAGUCUUGUUUUACUCAAUCUUGGAGGAUCUGGGUUGUUGCAAAUAGCUGAAAUGAGGAUGAGAACAGCUAGUGUGGACGCAAAUGAGCUUGCUCUGGUGCUUUAUAAAAUAUCAAACUUUCUGUCCACCUCCAAAAAAUGCAAAGGGUCCUCACAAAGCAAUCCAAGAGGAGCUAAAACUGACUGCAAAAUCCUACAGUUACUAAUUUAUCCAAGUUGUGCGGUUGUAAUUUCCCUUGUUCACCUAUGAUUUUACAAAGUCAAGAUCAGUCCUGGCAUUUGUAGAAAUGAAUUUGUUGGUCUCACUACCAUUGUAAUAGCACACUGUCUGGCUUGUCUGAUCUCUCUUGUUCCAGUGAUUGUGAAGAGCUUCCUUUUUUAAAAAAAACUUAGGAAAAGUGAUUUACUUGGAACUCUUGAGGGGGUGCGGGUUGAGCAGUUAGUAGUGAUAUUGAAUCAUGGCCAAGGGCCAGUAUGCAACAAAGAAACUGAGAACUAGUUAAAAGCAAUGAAAGUGGUAACCCUUUAGGGAAACCACUCCAGCAUUUCCUGUUCAACUGUAAUAUGUAUAUAUAUAUAUAUAUUGUUCCUGAUGCUGUUUGUAAAAUAAAAGGAUGAAACAA